AUGGAAUCUAUGUCGGAAGCGGAAGUAUCACAUGCGCUUUGUGUAUAUGGUCGUCUUGCACGGGAAAACAUCUCUGUCUGUUCAAAGAUAUUGCGAGGAAUCUCGCUGAAAGACUUUUCGCUACUCCUUUGUUCGCUCCCCCGUUGUGGAGAAAUCUCCAUUGUGUCUCUACUCUCCACAAGGCUUUCUCUUCGGGGGCAUACAGAUACACUCAGCGACCCACAUGCUUUCGAUCAUCCAACUACUUCGGCCGGCGAUGGUGGAAACAUGAAGCUUGUGGAAUGGUCCGCAAUUGGUGGUCUUGAUGAAAUUGUUGCUGUUCUCAGGUCGAUUGUACUUCGCCCCCUAACUCUUCCCUUCUUCUACAGAAAUCUUCCAUUAAAACUCCCCACCGGUGUAUUGCUCUACGGGUUUCCAGGAUGUGGGAAGACAUUAAUUGCAAGAGCCAUUAGGCACAAUGUCAAAUCGCUUGAGGUCCACUUUAUCUACAUCAAAGGACCUGAACUUCUUGGAAAGUAUAUUGGAGAGUCAGAACAAGCCAUCAGAGAUCUUUUCAAACGGGCCAGAGAAAACGCCCCUACCAUCAUCUUCUUUGACGAUGGCGCUGGAAUUUCCGAAGUCACAGACCGAGUUGUGAAUCAGUUUCUGACGGAAAUGGAUGGCGUUGAAGGAGCGCUUUCCAAUCUUUUUAUUCUUGCUGCCUCAAGGUACGACCAUAUUUCCGACCAGCAUAGUCACCCCRAAAUGAUUGACUCUGCAAUCAUCAUCGCAUUGCUUCUCGCUCGGAGAGUGAGCAUCGACGUGCACUUAUUUGAACAAAUUUGCACUCUUAUUGCUGAUAAAACGAAUUGGUUUACGCCUGCAGACCUGGAAUCGCUUAUGUUUGAGCUUUGCGAUGGUGGUGUGUUUAAAUAUGAAAACACCGGCGACGGUGCCUUUGAUAAUGCUCAUGCUGAUCCAGCUAUCAUAUUGGGAAAGGUAUCGCGCGCCAUUGAAUCGUAUUGCUCAUCAUUGUCUCUGGGAGAGAUUCGCAAGUUCCAACAAGGAUACGCAAGGUUCAAAGGUAAAAAGGCGCAUCCAGUGUUUACGACACCGCAACCCCAAGAAACCGAGAAAAAUGAGAAUCAAAAUGUCGUAAUCACCUAUCAAGAAGACGUGAUGAUUGCCCCAAAUUCGGGCGAUCACAUACCAAAACUGCAAAACCAUCCGCAGUUUCUGAUUUACAAAUAA